AUGACACAUUUUAACAGAUUCAAUAUCGUCUCCAUCUGUAUCCUUUCUUUCGGUGCCUUCUUUUACGGUUAUGACUCUGGCCUCACUACCUCGAUUCUGGGCUAUCCUCAGUUCAUUGGAUAUUUUAAACUGAAUUCCAAUACUAUUGGUGCCCUCGGAUCAUGUUACUAUGCGGGUAGUUUCUUCGGCUCGGGCAUGAAUUUCUGGCUGCCGGAUAUUUACGGUCGAAAGCGAACUAUUUACAUCGCAUGCGUAAUCGCCAUUGUUGGCGCCAUCCUACAGACUGCUGCUCAGAAUAUUGAGAUGCUUUUUGUCGGUCGAGUCAUCGGCGGCGUCGCUUCUGGUAUCGUCUUUGGAGUCUGCCCGAUGUUUAUGUCAGAGAUUUCGCCACCUGAAUUCCGUGGCAGAGUCGGAGGACUGUAUAAUCUCAACAUCAAUCUGGGCUAUACAUUGACCGAGUGGAUGGGACUGGGAUUCAGUUACAUCACCUCGGACGUAGCCUGGCGCCUGUUCUUAGGCCUUCAGCAUGUCCCUCCAAUUUUAAUGGCCUCCUGUGUCCCUUUCCUUCCAGAAUCGCCUCGUUUUCUGAUCAUGAAGGGCCGCUACGACGAGGCCUUGGAUGUAAUCAAGAAGCUUCACGGUGGCGCUCCCGGUCAAGACGAUGACUUCUACAUCCGUGAGUUCAAUCAGAUUAAGGCUCAGCACGAACUCGAAGUCCGCGAACGAGUUGGCUUACGCACGAUCCUCAGCCGGCCGUCGUAUCGCAAACGGAUGUUCAUCGUCGUCUUCCAGUUCGCUUUCGCAAUGUUCACGGGUAUCAUCCCUCUUCAAAACUAUCAGGUCAUUCUAUACCAAUAUCUCGGUGUCACAAACAAAAUGGCUCUUGUUAUGGUUGGUGUAUGGGGUACGCUUGGCACUAUUUUCUGCUGCAUUGGCGCUUGGUUCUUCGACAGGCUUGGUCGAAGAAAGUCUUUGCUGGGUUCACUAUGGGUGCAAUUUCUCGCGUCCAUUGCCAUGGUCAUAUUUUGGGCUCGAUUCCAACUCUCUGACAACAAGAAUCUUCUUCUCGGCCGCUUCACUGUUGCCAUGAUGUUCCUUUAUCUUGUCGGAUAUGCCUACAUCAUGAACUCUUUUGGUUACACUUACCCCUCUGAAAUUAUGCCAACACCCAUCCGAGCCGUCGGUAAUGCAGUGGCUUUCUGUACUUUCAACGCCAUUACGAUCAUGUUAGUUCAGGUCACGCCUAUUGCUGUUCAACACAUCUCUUGGAAAUACUUCCUCAUAUUCAUUGUCUGUGAUGCAAUAUUCAUCACAACGGUGUACUUUAUGUGGCCAGAGACAACCGGAAAAACGCUUGAAGAGAUUGCGGCCGUGUUUGGUGAUGAGGUCGCCGUCGAUAUCAAGAAUGCUCAUCAUAACCCGGACAUUGAUACCCCUCCUGAUAUGGACGAGAAGAAAGCUGUUGGAGGUGAUGUCACUAAACUUGAGAAGAUCAUGUAA